UGAACAUAUAUGUGGUGUUGAAAAAAGGCACUGUUUCCACAUUUCCAGAUCCAAGUUCAUUCAGCCACCGACACACAAAGUUUCCUAAUCUCGAAGUCAAGUUUUUUUCUUUCUUCUUUAAAAUUUUCCUGGAAACUUAACCAUUCUCGGGAUUUCCCAAGAAAAGUUAAAGUCUCUCCUUCGUUAGUUUUAGUUUCCUUUUGGGGGAUCAUUUGGAUUCUGGGUUAAAUCGAAAGGAAGUCCGACAUGUUCCGGCUUUCACCUGGUAGGAACCAAAGAUCGAAAGGAUUGAAGGUGAAGCAUGCUCUACAAAUAUGUGUUCUUGUUGGUAUUUGCAUUUGGCUGCUUUACCAAGUUAAGCACUCCGGGGAGAAGAAAGCGAUUUAUGAGAAAUCUGGGAGCGAUGUUGUCAAGUUGGGGCGAAAAGACUUCCCUCGAUCGGAAGGGAUGACUGUUACAGAUGCACGGCAUAAGGAGGAAGAAGAGGAAGAAAGUAAGAAUGGAGAAGAAGAUAAUAAGCCUGAGGUAACCGAAGAUGAAGGAAAUGGGGAAGUCGGUGGGAUGCAUGAGCAUGAUAAUGAGAAACCCGAGGAGGGAACCGAGCAUGAAGAACGUAGGAACGACGAUAACGAAGAGACUAUGGAAAAUGAAAACAAAGGAAAUGAGGAGACUCGUGAAGGCGAUAAUGAAGAGAAAGAGAACAUCGAGGAUAGUCGAGAAAAGGAAAAUAAAGGGAUUGGGGAAGAGAGCAAUGAGACGGAGAAGAGUGAAGGUGAGAUAGAGAAUGCAGGUAGCUCGGAUGAUCGGGUUCGUGAUGGAAUUGAUGGGAAUAAUGAAGAAGCGAGAGAAGAACAUUACAAGGGGGAUGAUGCUUCAAGUGAAGUAGUCCAUGACACCCAAAAUGAGACGAGUGGUUCAGAAAAUUCCAACGAGGCUGAGCAGUUGGAAAACAAAGAUAAGAAUGACCGGGAGGACGAAACAAAUAGCAGUGAAGCGGCCAAUGUCGGUCAUGAAGAGUCGAAUGUGCAAGAAAAUGGAACAGCUGAAAACAAUCAAGAAAGCAGUAAUGGGAGUAACGAAGCCAAGUCUAAAGAAGAUGCACAUCCCGAUACAGCUACGGAAUUGAAUGAGAAUCUGACAGAUACAACACACAGUUCAACCGAGAAUGUAAAUGGUAUGGUUCAGCUAUCUGAGAAAUCGGAUUCAGGUGGGAAUGACGAGCACUCGGAUUCAAAUACAACCCCUACUUCAACUGAGAAUGGGGAUGGAGCUAAUGGAGGUUCUACAAGUAAUUCGGAUUCCGGUGAAUCAAAUGGACAGACUGAAAAAUCGAAUGCCGGAUCAGACAGCAAUUCAAAUGCUGUUCAGAGUGAAGAAUCAAACAAUAAUUCUGGAGGAGAGGGGACACACACAAAUGAAAAUUCAAAUGCUGACCAGAACAGUGGAACAUCGUCGAACACUAAUGAUAAUGCUGGUGCAGGUCAGAAUGAGAAUGAUAGUAGCAAUUCGAACAAUGACGGGAAUGCGAAUGGGAAUGGUGGCAGCACAGACAAUCAGAGCAACACCAAUGGCAAUGUAAAUGCAAAUGAAGAUGUUACUCAAAAGGAAAACAACGAUUCAAGUUCAAAUGAAAAUGCCGCACAGAGCAACACCAGCAACAAAGAAAAUGCGGGUCAGGACGAGAAGAAUGCCACUCAGAGUAACACUGACAACAAUGAAAAUGUGGGUCAGAAUGAGAACAAUGCUGCUCAGAGCAACACUGAGAACAAUGAAAAUGCGGGUCAGAAUGAGAGCAAUGCUGCUCAGAGCAACACCGAGAACAAUGAAAAUGCGAGUCAGAACGAGAGCAAUGCAACUCAGAGCAACACCGAGAACAAUGAGAAUGCGGAUCAGAACGAGCACAAUGCUGCUCCAAGUAACACUGAGAACAAUGAGAAUGCGGGUCAGAACGAGAACAAUGCCACUCCAAGUAACACCGACAACAAUGAGAAUGCAGGUCAGAACGAGAACAAUGUGACUCAGAGCAACACUGACAACAGCAACAGCAACAACAACAACAACAACGAAAAUGCAAGUCAAAACGAGAACAAUGCUGCUCAGAGCAGUAACAACAAUGAAAAUGCAAGUCAGGAUGAGAACAAUGCAUCUCAGAGCUUCACCGACACCACCAACAACAAUGAAAAUACAAGUCAGGAUGAGAACAAUGCAUCUCAAAGCUUCACCGACACCACCAACAACAAUGAAAAUGCAAGUCAGAACGAAAACAAUGCUUCUCAGAGCUACACCGACACCACCACCAACGAGAGCAACGAUGCCAUUCAGACCAAUACCAACAGCAACGAAAACUCAAGUCCAAAUGAGAACAAUGCCGUUCAGUCCUCCAAUAACGAAAAUGCAGGUCAGAACGAGAACGAGAACAAUGCUACUCACAGCUUCAACGACAGCAACGGGAGCAGCAAUUACGACACAAGUACAGAUGGAAACACCCAGAAUAAUCCCGACACUUCUUCAACGAAUCAAGAAGUAAAAGAAGGUGAAACCGGUUUGGGAACUUUGCCAGGUACCACAACAAGUGAGGGAAAUAAAAGUGAGAAUGCAGCUGCAGAAUGAAAUUUAUAAUGGUUUGUGAUUUCAGUAUAUGAACUAAUUACUGUCACUAAAUUUUUGUUUUUCUUCUUUCCUGAUAUGGGAUCGGGAAACUGUAUGUUCCUGGUUACUUGUGCCUUUGUUGUCAUAUUAGUGCUGAAAAUUUUUAUAUUAUUUUGUACUUGUAGAUUUCUAGUUAUAAUAAUUGAAGUUCCCCAGUUUUCAUA